AGAGAAUAAAGCAGGAAAACAGAGAGAAAAAGAGAAAAAAAAUUGGGUAGCGAAGUGGGAUUUUGAUUUCACCAACCGACAUCAGAAUACCAUUAGCGCCCGCGCUUUCCCCUUACCCAGAUUUAUACUCCUCGUCUUUCUUAAAAUCUCACACCAUUUCUCUCUGGUUCAUUCAUUUAGGUAUACCAAUUCCAAUGAAAUGGCGAGACCUAAUAACAAUACAAAGCAUAGUUCAACAUCAAAACUCAUCAUUCUCUUAGCUUGUGCAGCUCUUCUUGGUAUUGCCCUCAUCGUCGAUUUCUUAUGGGCUUCAUCUACUUCUUAUUUAUCUAAUUGGGUUAUUGAUAAUAAAUCGCCACCAAAUAUUAUCAUACCCAAUUCCCCAAAGAGUUAUAAGAAUUCUACUCAUAAAGAUCCAAAAAGAUUUCUGUCAGCAACUUUUGCUGAUAUAGAUGCACCACAAUUAGAAUGGGAAGAAAUGGCAUCAGCACCGGUUCCUCGGCUCGAUGGGGCAGCUAUACAGAUUAAGAAUCUGCUGUUUGUAUUUGCGGGUUACGCUAACAUUGAUAAUGUGCAUUCCCAUGUCGAUAUUUAUAACUUUACAGAUAAUACCUGGGGUGGAAGUUUCCCAAUGCCAACAGAAAUGGCACAUUCACAUUUGGGAAUGGUAACAGAUGGCAGAUACAUUUACAUAGUCACAGGGCAAUAUGGUCCACAAUGUAGAGGACCUACAGCCCGUACGUUCGUGUUGGAUACAAGGACCAAAAUAUGGCGAGACAUGCCUUCUUUACCAGUACCUAGAUAUGCCCCAGCAACCACACUUUGGCGAGGGAGGCUGCAUGUGAUGGGUGGUAGCAAGGAGGAUCGUCAUGAACCUGCACUAGAACAUUGGAGUAUUUCGGUAAAGGAUGGAAAAGUCUUAGAAAAAGAGUGGCGAACUGAAAUACCUAUACCCCGCGGAGGCCCUCACAGAGCUUGUGUUGUAGUUGAUGACCGGCUGUAUGUAAUUGGUGGUCAAGAAGGUGAUUUCAUGGCCAAACCUGGAUCACCUAUAUUUAAGUGUUCCCGUAGGCAUGAGGUAGUGUAUGGUGAUGUUUACAUGUUGGAUGAUGAGAUGAAGUGGAAGGAAUUUCCUUCCAUGCCAAAACCUGAUUCCCAUAUAGAAUUUGCAUGGGCUAUUGUCAAUAAUUCCAUUGUUAUCGUGGGAGGUACAACUGAUAAGCACCCUGUUACCAAAAAGAUGAUCUUGACUGGUGAAGUGUUCCGAUUUAAUUUGGAUACACAGAAAUGGAGUGUGGUUGGGAAGAUGCCUUUCCGGGUAAAAACCACUCUUGUGGGUUACUGGGAAUGUUGGCUGUACUUCACAUCUGGGCAGCGGGACAGAGGACUAGAUGAUCCAGCACCACGAAAAGUCAUAUCUCAAAUGUUUCGAACAAAAUUGAACUUUUGAGGAUAAUGGUCCCCAUUGUUGUAUACCUAUUUUAGGUCCUCAUCCAUUUUUUUUACUAGUGUUACCAGUCUAGGAUAUCUAGAGUAUUAAAUUACAUCCACAUUGAUCACUUUGAGUUCCUGAAUCAUUUUUGUAUAAUACAUGUAAGAUGAAAUUUAUCUGGCUUACUCGUUCAUGAAAGCGUCCGAGGCUCCAAGCUAUCCAGUGAGGCACAACGUCUAUUUUUGUCCAAA